AGACACCGCUCCUGUUCAUUUUUUUCUUUUAUUUUUCAUAUAUUCUUGCUUUUCCUUUACUACUCUCUCUCUCUCUCUCUCUCUUUUCUGUGGUUUCCUCCACUGCAAACCAAGCUUCCUUUCCAGCUAGUUAAGGUCCUAUAAGCCCUUCCUUGCACCUCAACCACAACAACAACACCCCACCAACCAUUUUGCCACCUUUUCCCUUUUUUCUUCUCUAUAAUCUUCCAAUUCUAACCCUCCUUCCAAAUCUUCACCCUCAAAAUUAGAUUUUUGUCUGGCAUUCCUCUCCAAUUUGUGUUUUUUAAAUUAACUUCUCUUACCCUUUGAGUUCUUUUGGUUUUCUAUUAGGACCACUUGUAUGUACCACUGCAUCUUCUUUUUGCAGCAUCUGGAAUUUGUUGUAGUAGGGUUUAUUAUUGUGCUUCUCUCUCUGUGGAUCAUUGAAGCUAAUCCUCUUUGUUUUUGCUUGCUUCAGUGGGGUUCUCAAGGUGGGAAUGCCUUAAAUCUACCAGCUGGAGGAGCUUGGAGGGAGAAAUUGAUCAACUUGUAGCUACCAACUAUGUCAUCGAAUAGUUCUUUGAAUGUCGAAUUGUCGAAGAAGACAUCUUUUUUCGGGUUGAAACGAUGGGUUUUGAUUGGGAUCGGAGUCAGUGCCUUUAUAGUGCUGAUUCUUGGUGUAUUGUCUAUAUGGGUGAUGUUUCGGAGAAAGUCUAGGAGAUCUAUUGACAAGUACUCUCAAUCCAAGAUACCGAAUGUGUCGAAAGAUAUCAGGGUUGAUAAGGUUGGGGUGCAGAGUUCUUAUGUGGAGCCGGAAAAUGUGUCUGUUUCAGUUCAUGACAAGGCAAAUGAUAAGAGUUCAGAGAAGAUAACAGUUCAUUUGGCCAUGAGUAAAUCCAGUGAUCAUGAUAAUAUUAGUCAGUGCAGUUCAAGCUAUCACCACGAGAGAGGAUUUAGUUCGAUGUCUGGGGAAGAAGGAAGUUCCGGGAAUGGUAAGAAGCAAUCUAUGUUGUCAUAUGGAGGAGGGAUGGUGACUGCCUCUCCUUUAGUUGGGUUGCCGGAAUUUUCUCAUCUCGGGUGGGGCCACUGGUUUACACUCAGAGAUCUUCAACUAGCAACGAAUCGUUUCUCGCAAGAGAAUGUUAUCGGUGAGGGUGGCUAUGGGGUUGUUUAUAGGGGCAGAUUGAUCAAUGGAAGCGAGGUGGCAGUAAAGAAGCUUCUUAACAAUUUGGGACAAGCAGAGAAAGAAUUCAGGGUUGAAGUCGAGGCGAUAGGCCAUGUUAGACAUAAACAUCUCGUGCGCCUGCUUGGAUAUUGCGUAGAGGGUGUUAACAGGCUGCUAGUGUAUGAAUAUGUGAAUAAUGGUAACUUAGAGCAAUGGCUGCAUGGCUCCAUGGAACAGGGGACACUAACUUGGGAGGCACGCAUCAAAGUUGUGCUCGGCACAGCCAAAGCGCUUGCUUACUUACAUGAAGCAAUUGAACCGAAAGUUGUUCACCGGGAUAUAAAGUCUAGCAAUAUAUUGAUUGAUGACGAGUUCAACGCAAAGGUUUCUGAUUUCGGUCUGGCCAAAUUAUUGGAUUCAGGAGAAAGUCACAUAACAACUAGAGUUAUGGGAACAUUUGGAUAUGUGGCACCAGAAUAUGCUAAUAGUGGCCUCUUAAAUGAGAAGAGCGACAUUUACAGCUUCGGUGUCCUCCUGCUGGAAGCAGUUACCGGAAGGGACCCUGUAGAUUAUGCUCGGCCGCCUAAUGAGGUUAAUCUGGUUGAAUGGCUCAAGAUGAUGGUGGGAACAAGGAGGGCCGAGGAAGUAGUUGACUCGAGACUUGAGGUUAAACCAACAACACGCGCUUUGAAGCGUGCCCUUCUUGUUGCGCUGAGGUGCGUCGAUCCUGAUGCGGAUAAAAGGCCUAAAAUGAGUCAAGUUGUAAGGAUGCUUGAAGCCGAUGAAUAUCCAUUUCGAGAGGAUCGAAGGAAUAGAAAGAGCCGCACUGCCAGCAUGGAAAUCGAGUCUGUUAGCUGUGGUCCAUCCAUUGGCGAAAAGGCAGGGAAUUCCGAAGGCAUUGUGCCGGCGAGAAUGGAGGGACAGGGACAGGAUUGAGAACCACACGACAAGGUACAAUUCCGGUUGUACUCGCUCCGGUAACAAGAAACACUCCAUAUAUAUGUCCAAGCUCAUGCCCUGUAAGAAAAUUUUGCCUGCAUCUAAGAAGAGAAUCUGAUCAUAUAUUCCAUUUUGAUAAUGAAGCAUUUUUUUCUUUUCACUUUUUCAUUCAAUGUGGCCAUUGAAGACUAUUAUGAUACACAUAACACACCAACCAUGUCUGAGAAGAAGAGGGUAGAAUGAGAAUCAGUGAUGCCAAUGAUAGUGUCAAUGUUGUACAGAGAUGUCUUCUGAGUUCUAAGCCUAUCUUUCAUUUACAUGAUUGUUAAUUUUUUGGACUCUUUGAACUCUCCAUGAGAGUGGAGAAAGUUAGAAACUAAUAUUUAUUUGGCUUCAUUUUCUUCCCACAA